AUGUCGCACAUCAAGGAUGUAGCCACAAGCGGCGUGUCGUCGUCGUCGUCGUCAUCGUCAGCUUCAGCCAAUGCUGGUGCUGUGUCCGCCUCCGCUUCAACAACCACCGACUUUCUCGCCCUCGUCGUCGAUGUAUCGCCGCUGUCGUGGACCAGGUUGAGCGGCGGCGGCGAGGGGUUGCGGCUCAUGGCGAGAGCGCUGGAUGAGAUCAUCAUCUUUUUGAAUGCUCACGUGGGUUUGCAGCACGGCAAUGGAGUGGUGAUCUACGCUGCGGGCAAUGGCGAUGCGCGCCUCAUCUACUCGACGCUGGAGGCAGCGGCAACAACAACAACAACGACGGCAGUCACUUCAGAUGCCAACACAUACUCGCGCUUCGCUCAACUGGAAGAGAGCGUGCGCGCAGGCGUAGCUUCCUUUCUGCGUGACCUCACCAUCGAGCAAGCAAGGGAGGAUGUGGCCAUCGUCACUGCCGUCGCUCGUGCUCUAUGUUAUCUCAAUCGGCUGGAUCCGACGGCGGCAAGCGCGGCAGCAGGCAUCAACCCCGAAGCAGGUCGCACUCCUUCCCACUCGCAGCAGCAGGGCAAGCGCAUCCUCAUCAUAUCGGCAUCGGAAGAUCAAUCUGGACAAUACGUGCCCAUGAUGAACUGCAUCUUUGGAGCUCAGAAGCGUGGCGUAGUCAUCGACGUUUGUCGCCUAGGCGGCGCCGGCGAGGCAUCUCGAGAAGAAGAAGAAGAAGGAGAGAGUGAUGGCGCAGCAGCAGCAGCAGCAGCACCCGCUUCGUCUGCCUUUCUUCAGCAGUCCACCUACCUCACUCGCGGCAACUACAUUGCCCUGCACCAUCCAGCGCAUCUCCUCCAGACGCUCCUCUCGGCAUUCCUCCCAGCAAGCUCCAUCCGUCCUCACCUCGUCAUUCCGAACUCUUCCACCAUCGACUUUCGCGCCAGCUGCUUUUGUCAUCGCCGCAUCGUCGAAGUGGGCUACGUCUGCAGUCGAUGCUUGUCCAUCUUUUGUUCCCCAAGAAAGAGCUGCGUCACGUGCGGUGCUGCUUUUGGAAAGGAAGUGGAAAGAUUCAAAAAGGAGGCACGGGCGAUGGGUGUGGUGCUGGUGGAAGGGGGGGAGGAAGAGGAGGAGGGAGAUGAUGCGAUGCGUGGGCACACGCGCGGCGUGUGA